UCAUUUGGCCACCUCAGUCGGAGCGCAAAGGACACGGCGGCGGCGGUAACGGCGGCCACGGAGGUUACGGCCACCAACAGCCGGCAGUGUUUCCUUACAACGUGAAGGAGUACGGGAGGAAAGGAACAUACCGCAGUAACUACCAGAACGGGGACGACGGCUACCGCUUCGCUCGCACUCACCAGCGCUUCGGCAAGGGCGACCCUUACCACCACACCGAUCACUAUGGCAACAGCAUCCAAACAGACAAGGACUACAAUAAGCGCAUUAGCUACGAUUUCGUAGCCACUCCCUACGGUCAGUACCUGACGGGGAAACACAGCAAUCGUGGCCGUUAACGUCGGGGUCGCUGCGGCUAGCGGCCGGGCGUACGUACAGCUGGACUAGCAGGUACUAGUGAGCAUUAGUAAGUGAGUCAUCAUUUAACACCACACACAUGAUGUUAUAUAUCACUGACAUUGUAAGCACACAACCUGCACAAUAAUUAUACACCUGCACCACAAACACGCGAUCAUCAUAGCUUGUAAUAUAGACACGGGUUGUAAUGCGUAUAAUAACAUACACACACGUCGCGUAAAUAUGUAUAUAUAUAUAAUAAUAUCACACGCGUUUAUUUAUGCUUUUUUUACUUAUCACUGCAGAUGAUUAAGUUAGGAUGGAUUGUGGUUCUGUUUGAUGCAAUCAAACAUAAAUACAAACAAACAUUUAUUAUACACGCGACAGGAGAAUGAGUUAGAAAACUGCCGCAUAAGAGCUGCCAAUAUAUAAUAACGUAGCGGCGCUUUUAUUAGCCUUAUACCAUUAUCUUAUUACCUUAUAUAUUUAUCCAUAUCAACAUACUAUGAGGAUGAUAUCAGAAACUCAAUAAUUAAUAUAUUAUAUUUAAUGAACUUGCUCUAAUAGAAUAUUGCUGUUUUAUAUUGUGAAUCAUACAAGGUACAUAACUUACACUACUGUCUUGUUUUGUGAAACUGAUACGUCAUCAGUUUGUGUGCUUGUUCUGUGAAACUGAUACGUCAUCAGUUUGUGUGCUUGUGGCGUCAAUACGUUUGUCGUGGCUUGUCCUAUCAUACUACAUUGUACGUGUAUUGUAUCGCAUCGCCAUGUUUUGCACUGUUUUGUACAAUGUUCGUAUCACAUCGCACUUUAUUGUCUCGUACUCUACACGAAAGUGUUACGUAUACCUAGCAUAAACAUCUAUUGCAUGCUAGCAUCGCCUAUGAUAUACCACAUGUGACGUCACGCGUUAAGAAGCCAUUGCUAGAAGCGCAAUACUGUUACGUUUCAGGUUUUGUUUGAAUAUUUUAUUGUUAUUCGAUUACUAUAAUAUCGAAGUUAUAGUUAUAUAUA